GACAUCUACACGACUCAAUUCAUCAAUUAGCAUUAAUCAUCAUAUAUCAACAACUCACAAUGGCUUCUGAUCUCAUGGAUAAGCUCAAGGAGACGCUCCAGCCCACGGGCGAGGAGUCUCAUGGAGUGCACUUCGGAGAAAGCCAGCAAACCGAACACCAAGAGUCUGUUCCUAGCAACACCCGUACUGAGAAUCUCGAGUCAAGGCGGGGUGAACAGACAUACCAGACCGAAGGUGUUCGAACAGGAGACAAGAUCCAGUCGCUUGUUGAGAACGUGCCUGGUGUCCCUUCCACCCAGGCAAAGCCAGAAACAACUGAAACUCGUCGAGAAGAAGUCCACCAGACCCCUCGAGACCCAUGUGACGCGGCGCAGGCCCCCCCUUCGGCCCUGAGGCAGCACGUCGGCGAGCCGAGCAUCGAGCACGACUACCCCGAAGACAGCACAACGCAACGGCACUCUUCCGUGAGCCACCAGGAGGCGCACUACAACCUGGGGUGAUUUAAUGGAGAUCUGCACUAGUGUUUAUGUUAUGCAUGGGCCCCAGACUGGGGGAGGAUUCCGGGGAUGCGGAGGACAAGGGGGUGAAGCUGGCGUUUUAUUGUUACUUUACGAGAAUGUAACCUGAGAGCAACGAAUCGAGAUAUUCCACGUUCUGUGGUACACAUG